UCAUGCAAAAUGCAAAAUUUGUAAAAAAGAUAUAUCCUAUAAAACGUCGAAUACGUAUUUAAAAAAGCAUAUGCGAAAUCGGCAUCCAAGAGCGGAACUUCCAGGAGCAGCGGCCGUGCAAAAAAUAGGAAGUAAACAAACGGAAAAUCCAGAUGCACAGCAUGAAGUUACGGAAACAAAUGUACAAUACGAGCCUGUUCUGCGCCAAUCUACAAUAACUGCUGGGAUAUGCAAUAUGAAGAUUUCUGCAAAGGCAAAAAAGGAAAUAGAUGAUUGCCAAAUGCCAAUGCUCUUCAUUAAGGACUUACAACCUUUCAGCAUUGUCGAGGACAGCGGAUUUGUCCAAUUCGUUAAAGCGCUAAAUCCUUCAUAUGAACUACCCAGUCGGCAUGUAGUAUCAAGAACGAUAAUUCCGGCAUUAUAUGAAGCAUGUGUCGAAAAAGUGAAACUAAAAGUGGCGAAUGUUGUUAAAUUCUGCUUUACAACCGAUUGUUGGACAUCUCGCAAUUCAAUGUAGGUAGAAUAAUUCAAGAAGCCCAAGCAAAUGAACCACAAGUAGAGACCUCAGAGUUUUCAAUUUGGAGCUAUAUAGACUCCAAUAUUGCGUCAAACAAGCCGCGCGGUACUUGUAAUUCAAGAGCCAUUAUCGAGGUUCAGCGUUAUUUGGAAGAGGUAGUAAUUGCUCGAAAUGCGGACCCCUUCAAAUGGUGGCAGCACAACAAAUAUAAAUCUCCAUAUCUGUCUCCCAUAGCUCGGAUAAAAUUAGGAUGCUUAGCGUCUUCGGUUCCCUGCGAACGGCUUUUUUCUCAAGCUGGACUUAUUUUAAGUGAAAGAAGAAUGCGAUUGGACGAUGAAGAGACAAAAAUGUUGAUUUUUUUAAAUGCGAAUCAGU